AUGACUACUGGAGAAGUUGAUCUUGAAUCUCAAAAACAAAUUGAAACUUACGAACCAAGAGAUACCUUAAAUACUGGAUCUACUUGGAAAAACCAUUUAAUUGCUGUAUUAGGUGAAUUCUUUGGUACUUUCGUUUUCUUAUCCACUGCUUUCAUUAUUGCCCAAAUUGCCAAUCAUGACCCAACUAUUUCUGAUGUUCCAACUGAAUCAAAUCCAGGUCAAUUAAUUAUGAUCUCAAUUGGUUUCGGUUUUGGGGUUUAUUUAGGUAUUGUCUUAACUUUCAGAGUUUCAGGUGGUAACCUUAAUCCUGCUGUUACUUUAUGUUUAGCUUUAGUAGGGGCUGUUCCUCCAAUUAGAGCUGGUUUAAUGAUGAUUUCUCAAAUGUUAGCUGGUAUGUGUGCUGCAGGUGUUGUAAGUGCUUUAACUCCCGGUCCAAUUUUAUUUGCCAAUGCUAUGGGUGGUGGUGCUUCAAAAUCUCAAGGUGUCUUCUUAGAAGCUUUUGGUGUUUUCAUUUUAACUUCAACUGUCUUAUGGAUGGCUGUUGAAAAACAUAGAGCUACUUUCACUGCUCCUUGGGCUAUUGGUAUGUCAUUAUUCUUAGGACAUUUAUGUACUAUUUACUAUACUGGUGCUGGUUUAAAUCCUGCUCGUUCUUUUGGUCCAGCUGUUGCUAUCAGAAGUUUCCCAACUUACCACUGGAUCUAUUGGGUUGGUCCAAUCAUUGGUGCUGCCGUUUCUGCUGGUAUUUAUAAAUUAUUCAAAUACUUAAACUAUGAAACUGCUAACCCAGGUCAAGAUGCUGAUGCUUAA